GCCUUUUGUCUAACACCCUCUGUAUUCAAGAAGGGGAGCAGUGCCUUUGAGAUAUUGAUUUCAAUGAUCUUCUGGAACUGAAAUUAAGAACUCGAAUAGAAUGCUAUCCAUACCCCUCCCACAGAAAUGACCUUUCUGGCCAACAUACUGGGGCUAAUCCUCGCUCCCCGUUCCACCCCACAUCAGUGUAGAAGUCUGUAUACACUACAAGGUGGAUGAGUGACCCGCUGACUCCCUCUCUAUCUUGCAGCCACAGCUGCUUGCUAGCUCACUCAUUCUCCCUAUUCUCCCGUUUCCCUCCCCUCACCCCUCCCCCUCCUCCUUUCAGGAAGCCUGGCUCACCCAGGAAGCAGGGCCGCCUGAGAGCUGAAAGCUUCCAAGCCUAGGAGCCCGGAGGAGAGUCGGUACGGACCAGAGCCCCUGUUUGGUACUCUCCUAGUGCACAUGUACUAGCCCGGCUCCCCUGCAAGAGGGAGCCAGUCACCACGGAGCAGCAGGAGAACUGAGACGGAAGGCAGAAGCGCGAGAAAGAAAGCUGUGUUCCAGCCGCCGAGGGUGGAAGGAGCCGCAGCCUGCAGCAGGGGUUUAUGCCACAUCUGACAUGUACAGACUGAGUCGGGAGCUACUGUGCUAGUCAAUUUAAGGCAAACACAAACCCAGCUGAAGCCAAGAGCAAAGGUGGCAUUUUUCCUCUCAGCAAUCCCACUACAAGCCCUGGAUGCAAAUUCUGCUGCUGGUUAAAGUGCAUUAAUUGGAGUAACAACCAUGGAUUUUGUUAUGAAGCAAGCCCUUGGUGGGGCCACCAAAGACAUGGGGAAAAUGUUGGGGGGUGAGGAGGAAAAGGACCCAGAUGCCCAGAAGAAAGAGGAGGAGCGGCAGGAAGCCCUACGGCAGCAGGAAGAAGAACGCAAAGCCAAGCACGCUCGCAUGGAGGCAGAGCGGGAAAAGGUUCGGCAGCAAAUUCGAGACAAGUAUGGCCUGAAGAAGAAGGAGGAAAAGGAGGCUGAAGAGAAGGCUGCCCUGGAGCAGCCAUGUGAAGGCAGCCUGACCCGCCCUAAGAAAGCCAUUCCGGCUGGUUGUGGGGAUGAGGAGGAGGAGGAGGAAGAGAGCAUCCUUGACACCGUUCUCAAGUACUUACCUGGACCUCUCCAGGACAUGUUCAAGAAGUAACCCUGGCCUCAACUCCAUUCCAUUCUCAACAAUCCUACUUUAUUUUUUAUUUAUUUUUUCCACUUUCCAUUCAGAAUGAAUUUUGAAGGGCAAACCUCAUUUGGCCUCAUCCCCCCCCCCCCUCCACCCUUCACAUGAACUGAGACCCAACCCCCUCAUUUUAGGCUGGAAACUCCCAGGAUUCCUUCCCUGUUCAGUGCUGUACCCUGCCCCCACACUGCCCUGGACCUCUUGAAAAGCCCUAAGGAAAGAAGGCUGCUGGCCUGGGCUGAAGGCCAGAAAUUAGGACCAAACAAUUGAUGACCUCAGGAGAGGCCUAGGAUGUGCUGAAGUGGGAGGAAAGGUCUGACCACUGAGUCCCACACGCACACACUCUUCCUGAACCUCUUCCUACCUGGAACAUUCCUCAUGCCUUGAGCAUGAUUUCCACUGCCAGGGUGGGGAAAAGGGCCAGCCUAGUGGGCCCUGGGGGAAGGAUGUAUAGGAGAGGAGGGUUAGGUUGCCUGUUCUUCCUCUACUACUCUCCUAGAGAUCACUGGAGCUCUAAGCCCUGUUCCCCAACCCCAAUGGGUCAAAACACCCAACACAUUCCAAUCCUGCCCAACAUAGCCCAAGGAUAGAGGGGCAUGGGCCAGCACUGGGUCCUGCAUUUGGGAGCCCAUUAGCCAUCCCCAGAUAUAUCUGUUCCCUUCUUAUGUCCUCAAUCUCACUUCAGUUCCAGGGACUUAGUUUACCCUGAUAAGAAGAAUCCCUCCUAGCCUAGUCCCUCCCUGUUCCUGGAUAGACCUGGGAGUUGCAAGAAAGAUCAAUUGACUGUGGGAGUUAUCAAUAGUCUUUUAGUCCCCAGCCCUGGCUCAUGGAUCCAUAGUCUUCCCCUAUUCCCCUGUCAUCAACGAUCUGGAUAGGCCCAGAAGUAGAGAGAGGACUUGUGCCCUAACAAAAGGAGUAUUCUGGAGAUCUGAGGGGCUGCUGAGUAGAGAUUGGGCAGGGAACUACCAGGAAGGUUGACUCCCAUCCCUUUCUCAGUGGAGCAGAUCCUUUCCACAGCACAAUAAAAGGCUGUCCCUGUGACCCCACUGUACCCCAGGGAGCCUCCACUCACAUCCCUGUAGCCACUGUGGAGCCUAGCCUAUGAAGGGGGUAGCUUGACCUCUUCUCUCCUAAAAAGGCAUGAUGGGCCCUCCCUUCCCCAGCCUGGACUUCUUUCCCAAAAUAUGGUAGCCCCUUCCAGACAUGUACUAACAGCUGGAGCCAUCAGGCAGCAUCAGUCUUCAACUAGAGAACACCAAAGGGAGAGGAGGUGCUGCUCCCCUCCCCACCCCUCAGCCCAUCCAGACGCUUCCAGGGCCCCAGGAGGCCCUAGGAGGGAUCCCCACAAGCAGGGUUCAUGCUGGGGCACUGAGGACAGGCUCACAUUCAGUGUAGCCUUGAUCUCAUGGGAGAAGACAGCCCUAGCGGAGCUGUUGCCCUUUCAUUCUAGCUGAGGACCUAUCCACCUACCCGCUAAGCUCCAAAACAGGAAUCUGUCCAUCCAUCUAUUGGUUGGUUUUAUGAUCAGGAAAAAAUUCUCCUCUCAGAUGUGCCAAGGAAGGCCCUAUCAACCUGAUUCAAUCUUACUAUAGCUUGUCCUACUUCCCAUACACUUCACCACCAUCACGAGAAUUACUGGGGAAAAGAAUGUGUAAGUAUGUAUGAGCCUGAGUGGAAUGGGCGUAAUGGUGGCAGUAAGGGUAUGUAUGUAGUUGGGAUGGUGUGAAUCUGUUAUAAAGAUGGAUGUGUGUAUGGACGUGUCAGACUGUAUGUAUUAGAGAUUAUAGGAAUGCUGGGGAUACGCAUAUGUAUGUAGAGAUGGUGUGGGUGUGUGUUUUAGAAAGUGUGUAUGUGUGCUAGGGAUUGUGUAUCUGUAUCACAGAUGUGAGAGGGUAUGUGUGUGUUAGAUUAUGUGUUUAAAAUGGUAUGUGUUAGAGAAUGUUUGUGUGGAUGAGGAAGAGUCAUUACAAGGGUAUGUUUCUGUGUGUGUGAAAAUGCAUGUGUAACACUGCUGGCUGACUAGAUGCUUGAGAGUAUAGGCCGGGCCUGGGAAAUACCUUUUCUCUUCUCUCAGAACAGUCACGCCCAUCCCAUCACCACCCCUGGAACAGAUGUGAGAGGAGAAAUUUUUCCUACAGUCCAAGACCUUCCCUCUUCCCCUUGGCUCCCUGAGCCAAGCCUUUGUCACCCUCCUCUUUCACUGGAUGUGAAUGGGGAGAAUCCUGUGUGAGUCCUGGGAAGCCCAGACUGGUCUGGGUGGCCAUGGGAGGAACAGGACUGCCCUUUGCCCAUAUAACAGAGAAGCCAUGCUGGAUAGAGGGGUGGAAGAGGGAGAUGUCUCAAAGAGGGUUGCUAUGCCCACCCCUCGCCUCCCCCCUCCACCACUUUUCACCAUCACACCAGUUUAUUCUGGGGUGUUUCAUUUUAGAGAAUUUUUCCUUUAAUUUCAGAAGAGAAAGCAGCUCACGUCGUGUCUUCUCUGUCCGUUUCCAAUAGUUAAAGCCAUAUCAGUUAGACUGCAAUACUUUAAAGAUGAGGGGGGAAAAAAACCAUAGAUUUAAGAAAAACACAAAGGGAGUUUUGUUCAUCCUCUCUGUCCUGGGGUGAUCUGAUUCGCCAGCCCCCAGGCCCUCCCUUCCCCCCCAAUUCCAAACUCCUUCCCCUGCCUCUUUGUGCCCCAGUCUCUGGCCCCCAGGGUCACGUGUUUGUGAGUGUGUCUAUGUUAUGUCUCUGUAAUGGGGGAAACUUAACCCCCUCAACUGCUGUAUCACCCCACUGUUGUCUCUGCUUGUCCAUGGUUGCCGGAGUAAGAUGGUCACGCUGCAAGGUCUCGUGGAGCCAGAGGUGAGGGGUAAGCUGGGCUAAGUGAAAACUGACCAGAAACUGGAUAGUCCCUGAGCCAUUUGCCUCUUUUCAGAGAAUGUUAGUAGCUCUUGUCAUCUGUACUCAUCAUGAGUUCCAGGGAGUUUUUCCAGAGGUUCUCUGACUUCUGGGGACCAGUGCCAAUGUAUGUAAGGUAUCUUCAGGAAAAGAAAAGGGUCUAGAAAUUCCCAGUCAAACAUAGGGUCUACAGACAUACAAAGGGAAGCCCAGUUAUACAAGAAACCCAAAGUCGCUAAAAGGAAUUUCCAGAUACACAAGGGAUCUGCAGAAAUACAAGGGGAUUCACAGAUGCAUGUACAAAAAGAAUCCAAGACACAUAAGGUCUACUGACCUAAAAGGGAUAAGUUCAAGUAAAAAAAUGUUUAAUAGAAAAAAAAAAGGUCUGCAAAGGAAUACAAAGAAUUUCUGGGUGUAGAAAGGAUAGUAUCCCUCCUUAGUGGAGAGGGUCCUGAGGCCUUCAGCUGCCUAGGCUCUUACCCUUUGGAAAGGCCUAUCUGGGCUCCUGAAGCACUCCUCUCCUCCCCCUCAGGGCACAGGACUGCUGCUGCUGCUGCCAUACUGGCAACCAGAGAUGGGCCCCUGAGAGUAGCUAGUUCUCCACAAAGACCUUUCCACAUGCAUACCAGACCUCCUACAAGUUCAGGACUCAACCACCAGCUGCCCUGGGAGGUCCUGACCACCCCAAGGUGCUGGCUUCCUUGGGGACCACUCCUUAAGAAACAGGAUCAAGGGUAAAGAUAUACCCCAGCAGACUGUUUCUAAAGAGUCAAAGAACUGUAAGUGCAAGGACACCUCUAAGCCCAGUCAAGCUUUGCCUAAUCCAGGCACCCUCAGUGGGUAGGUCAAGAAGGGAUCUGGGCAUGAUAUAACGUGUGCACGGUACAUAAGCCAUAAGGAAAAGAGGUGCCAUGUAGGUAAUACAUUGGUAGGGGAAUAUAAAGAAGUUCAUAUGAUGUACAUAUGUGUCACACAUACUCUGUAGCUGACCAAAUCUCCCAUUUGGGACCUUAGCUGAAAGGCUGAUGGAUGCCAUAUUUAAGACACAGAGUAUCUGGAGAACGUAGGGUCCCAAUGCCAUACUUCUUUAGGCAAUAAGUCUGCCCCUGGCAGCCUGGUUCCUGAGAUCCAUACAGAGACAAGAGGUAAAAUAACCAGGUUGACAGCCCACCCUGCCCUUAAUCCAAGAUGUAGACUCACUUCUCCAGGACUAAGUGGCUUGUGGGUAACUGACUCCAGGAACCUGGGGAGAAGAGGAGGGGUUUUGGAAAUAGUUUUAAUAGGGAAUAGCCUCCCUAUUGAUUGAGUCCAUCUGGAAGCUGGGGGCAGGACCUUUUCCCCCCAUUUCUGGACCCUCUACCUCCACCUUCCCCAGAGGCCCCUCGGCCCUGGUCCCAGGGGGAAGAAGUGUAUGGUGGGGGGCCUUAGGCCAAGCUGAGUGACCAUCUUGCUUUCCCCAGCCUCAGAGACAAUCCAAUCCCCAACCCUCUUGUGUGUAAUUGUGUCCUUGUGCCCCGCAACCCCUAAAUGUGUCAGUGCCUGGGGGGAGGGGGCUCUCUCCCACCCCCCCUGAAUCUGACCUAAAGCCAUGGCUGCCGCUCCCCCCAUCCCCAAUCCCAACUUUGUAUGACGCAAAAAGCUAACUACAGAUGUACAAAAUCAACCGCGACCAAGAAAAGAUAUUGUACAGCU